CUUCCGGUUCUUUUAGAGCGUGUGUAACUGUAACCACGGUAUUUGUUUUCUGGUGAUUUUAUUUUCAAGUGACAAGUGUGCUGUGGGAAAAGAACCGUUACAAAAUGGCUGAUCCAAGAGUUAAACAAAUUAAAAUUAAGACAGGUGUUGUCAAAAGGUUGACAAAAGAAAAGGUUGCUUAUGAAAAGGAAGUUGUCAAAACUGAAGAGAAGGUGGAAAAGAUGAAGGCGGAGAAUAAAGAUGAAUAUGAAGUCAAAAAGAUGGGAAGCCGUGCACUAUUUCGGCAAAGACUUAAUACUGCUUAUGCUGACCUAGAAAAUUUAUUGAAUAAAGAGGAGGAUCUAAAUGAAACAGAGGAGUAUAAAGCUGGUAAAACUGCCCUAGAAGAAGCCAAGGCUGUAAUGCCUUCAUCAUAGGAACCCCCCUUCUGUGUUUGUAUAUAUAGACUGUGCUUCAGAUGUUAAAUGAUCCAUGUGCAAAAGAAGAUUGCAUGAUUGUUUGAUUUUUUUUAUUGAUUAGUUCAAGAAGGCCAAUUUUUGUUAUAGAUGAAUUGACAAAACGUUACGUUGGAAAGGACAAUGAUUUAAUAGUUCACUCAUUGCCACCUACAUGUACAUGUUAAUGUUUACCGCAUAUUGACUCUAAACAAAAUUUCAUUUUGAAAAGAGUUGUGAUGUUAUUGUUCAUAUAUGAAUAAUUGUGUAUGUUAUAAAAGAAAGAAAAAAAGCACUUUUCAUGCAAAAUUUUCAAUGGCUUUUGUAAAUAUGUGGGUAUUUAUAAAAAUUAACUUAUGCAAAACAUUAAUUUCGUAAAGUUCAUUUUCAAACAUUUUGUCCCAGUGCUUAUGUGAUGUACAUUUCACUUUUAUAAUUAUUUGAACAAAAUAUUAAAAGAAAAUAAAUGUGUGU